AUAGAGGUAGACGAGCCAACAUGAUGGGUGUCGAUUGUGUAUCCCAAUGUGAUGACGUCAUUUUCAAGCAUACAGUAGUUUUCGUGUUCAAACCUGGAAUGGGUGUUGUACGGUGAUACUGAUGUUGGUCAUUUCUGAAAAGUUUUUAAAUGUUGUGUUAGUGGAGUGAGUGCAGUUAAUUAUAAUGUGUAGUGUUAUACGUUCGUGAGACGUCAUGUUUCGUUGUAUUCCAAUAUUUAAAGGUUGUAAUCGGCAGGUUGAAUAUGUUGACAAGCGUCACUGUUCACUACCGACUGUUCCCGAAGACAUCUUGAGAUAUUCGCGAAGUUUGGAAGAACUGUUGCUAGACGCUAAUCAUAUUCGAGACCUUCCGAAGAACUUCUUCCGUUUACAUCGCUUAAGAAGAUUGGGAUUAAGUGAUAAUGAAAUCCAUCGUUUACCGCCUGACAUCCAGAAUUUUGAAAAUUUGGUGGAAUUGGAUGUGUCUAGAAAUGACAUUACUGACAUUCCAGAGAAUAUCAAGAAUCUACGGUCUCUGCAAGUGGCAGAUUUUAGCAGCAACCCCAUCCCCAGGUUACCACCUGGCUUUGCCCAGCUCCGUAACCUGACAGUACUGGGUCUUAAUGAUAUGUCCCUUACCAAUCUUCCACCUGACUUUGGAAGUCUUGUGAGCCUGCAGUCUCUGGAGCUGCGUGAGAACCUGCUCAAGUCUCUCCCAGAAUCUUUGUCACAACUAUCCAAACUUGAGAGGUUAGAUCUUGGAGACAAUGAGAUUGAGAAAUUGCCUCAUCACAUUGGGAAUCUUCCAUCACUUCAGGAACUUUGGUUGGACCACAAUCAACUUCAGCAUCUACCUCCUGAAAUUGGCAACCUGAAGAAGUUGGCUUGCCUGGAUAUCUCUGAGAAUCGGUUAGAAGACCUUCCAGAUGAGAUUGGUGGCCUUGCAAGCCUCACUGAUCUUCAUCUGUCUCAGAAUUUAAUAGAAUUUUUACCUAAUGGGUUGGGAAACCUUCAGAAGUUAACGAUUCUCAAAGUGGAUCAGAAUAGACUGGCCAUCCUGAAUCCCAGCAUUGGCAAGUGCGAGAACUUGCAAGAAUUGAUACUCACAGAGAACUUCCUGAUGGAACUUCCAGUAUCAGUAGGAAAUCUCGUGAAAUUAACCAACCUCAAUGCUGACAGGAAUAACCUACAGAGUUUACCAGAGAAGAUAGGCAAUCUGUCACAACUUGGAGUUUUGUCUUUGAGGGACAAUAAACUUCAGUACCUGCCGUCAGAAGUAGGCAACUGUUCAGAACUGCACGUACUUGAUGUAUCUGGUAACCGGCUGCAGUACCUACCAUUCUCAUUGACGAAUUUGAAUCUGAAGGCUGUGUGGCUGUCUGAGAAUCAAGCUCAACCCAUGUUGAAGUUUCAGACGGACAUUGAUGAGAAAACAGGGGAGCAAGUGCUGACAUGCUUCCUGCUGCCUCAGUUGGAAUAUCACCCAGAGAAUACAGCUGGUAAGUGUUAUAAUCAACGUGAAAUGUUCGGCUUCUUGUUUGCAUCUGUAUCUAACCCUGUUGCUGAGAAGUCUUGUGUGGUUAGUCUGUGUAAGAAUUUUGCUGCUGCAAAGAAUAGUACGCUGAAUAAUUAACAUGGCAACUGUAACAUUUCUUGUGACAAAAUAUGAUGAUCCAUUGGCAGUUAAGUACAUAAUGGUGUACCUGAAACUAUAAUUUCAUAUUUUGCCAUGUUUUGUAACAAAGCCUGUUUUUUGAAAACAUAUGGCUGCAAUAGAAAGUAUGUGACUUACUGAGGCCGAAUUUGAGUUGACUUAUUAAAUGUUCCAAAAGGAAAUGCUGAAACAAGAUUGACAUUUCAUAUAUGAAUCAAAUAUGAAGAAAGCACGCAGGAUGAUUUCUGAAAUACACAGACUUUUUGUGUUAUUUUUAUGCUUAUAACACAUUCCUAAAUUGGUAUUUUAUAUUUCAGAAACAUUCUGAAUAUUGUAGGAAAGUAUUUUCUGUUGGAAUUUCAUGUAUUGCUUUAGUAAAUUAUUGGAACUAAAAAGUUUUUUUGUACUAAUACUUUUUUUUUUAGUUUAAGCUUUGAUUAUGAAUGUGGAAUCAUUUUGUUCUCCAAUAAUUAAGGGUAUUAAAUUGGAAUUAGAAAAUUAUUUAGAUCAUUAUUACCAAUUGCCAUGGUGUAUUUGCUAAAAAGUGAGAAAUUAUAUAUGUGUGUAUCUGCAUUUUACAUAGAUGUAAGACAAUUGUUUGUGUUUUAUUUUACAAGUACUGUAUAAUGAUUUUCUGUUUUAUUUGUGCAUUUAACCAGUUUUCUUCUGCAGGUAGUAAUGAUUUUCUAUAGUAUUUCAGGAGAUGUGUGUGAAGAUUUGUAUUAUAAAAC